AUGAUGCUGACGAAAGGUUUUUCUUUGCUAUUGCUGUUUUUACUACCUUUCAGUAAUGCAGAGUCACAGAAUACUGAUGGUGGGACCAUUCUCGGUUGUAAGCCUUCCAAGAAUUCUCCCUCUUCAGGUUUUGAAGUCGCUUAUUAUCAUUAUCCAAUGGUACCUUCAGGAAAAGGAUGCUAUAAUUACGAUGCUACUUACCAAACCGAAGCUUACCAACACGGUGGCUAUGAGACCUAUGGUGGUGGAUUAAUCGGUAAGAGUUCUGGUGUCACUGAUUUGACUUUCAAGUCUACUGCUGCCAGCAACAGUUGUUCCAAACCAGUUAAGGCUAGAUUGCCAUCCAACUAUAAUUAUAAUACCCAAAUUACUGUCACCAAUUUCUCCAUGUUAAUUACCGGCUAUUUUUAUGCUCCAAAGACCGGUAGUUAUGAAUUUAUCUUGGACUACAUUGACGAUCUUACAUAUUUGAAUGUGGGUGCCGGUAGAGCCUUCGACUGUUGUGGGAAGACCUCAUCAGUAUCUAAUCCAGGACCGUUCGAUCUUUCUGUUAUGUGGCCUCAAACUCAAAACACUGCAACUGUAUAUCUGUUGGGUGGUUUCUAUUAUCCGCUCAGAAUCUUUUACAUUAACAGAGAGGGUGUUGGUGGAUUAACUGUUACUUUCAAAGAUGCUGAUGGUGUUCUUCACAAGACUUUCAAGAACUUUAUCUUUUCAAUCCCCGAUGGUAAAGAAUGUCCUGUUCCAGUUCAUACGACUACUGUACCAUGGGACGAAUCUUAUACUACAACUUUUACCACAGUGUCCGAAUACACCAAUGACUCUGGUAAAACUGUUACUGAGAACGUCAUCGUCGUCCAGACUCCGGAGGUUCACACCGCCACGACCACCUACACGGGGUGGACUGGUACUGAAACCAAAACAUACGCUACUGAAACCAUCACGGUUACCGGCGAAGAUGGAAUUCCAACGAUCAAGACCAUCUACUCUGUUAAGACUCCGGAGGUAAAUACCGCCACGACCACCUACACAGGUUGGACUGGUACUGAAACCAAAACAUACGCUACUGAAACCAUCACGGUUACCGGUGAAGAUGGAAUUCCAACGAUCAAGACCAUCUACUCUGUUAAGACUCCGGAGGUAAAUACCGAGACAACAACAUAUACAGGUUGGACUGGUACUGAAACCAAAACAUACGCUACUGAAACCAUCACGGUUACCGGUGAAGAUGGAAUUCCAACGAUCAAGACCAUCUACUCUGUUAAGACUCCGGAGGUAAAUACCGCCACGACCACCUACACAGGUUGGACUGGUACUGAAACCAAAACAUACGCUACUGAAACCAUCACGGUUACCGGUGAAGAUGGAAUUCCAACGAUCAAGACCAUCUACUCUGUUAAGACUCCUGAACCGGAAACCACAGCGCAUACUGCUACCACGACAUACAUUAAGUGGGGUGGUAAAAUCACCACGACAUAUGCAACCGAGAAGGUGACUUUCACUGGCGAAGACGGUAAGCCUACCAUCGAGACCAUCUAUUAUGUCAAGACGCCUGUAGAGAAAACUCCUUAUGGACAUACGUCUACAACCGCGUACACCAGCUGGGGUGGUAAGAUAACCACUACUUAUGCAACCGAGAAGGUGACUUUCACUGGCGAAGACGGUAAGCCUACCAUCGAGACCAUCUAUUAUGUCAAGACGCCUGUAGAGAAAACUCCUUAUGGACAUACGUCUACAACCGCGUACACCAGCUGGGGUGGUAAGAUAACCACUACUUAUGCAACCGAGAAGGUGACUUUCACUGGCGAAGACGGUAAGCCUACCAUCGAGACCAUCUAUUAUGUCAAGACGCCUGUAGAGAAAACUCCUUAUGGACAUACGUCUACAACCGCGUACACCAGCUGGGGUGGUAAGAUAACCACUACUUAUGCAACCGAGAAGGUGACUUUCACUGGCGAAGACGGUAAGCCUACCAUCGAGACCAUCUAUUAUGUCAAGACGCCUGUAGAGAAAACUCCUUAUGGACAUACGUCUACAACCGCGUACACCAGCUGGGGUGGUAAGAUAACCACUACUUAUGCAACCGAGAAGGUGACUUUCACUGGCGAAGACGGUAAGCCUACCAUCGAGACCAUCUAUUAUGUCAAGACGCCUGUAGAGAAAACUCCUUAUGGACAUACGUCUACAACCGCGUACACCAGCUGGGGUGGUAAGAUAACCACUACUUAUGCAACCGAGAAGGUGACUUUCACUGGCGAAGACGGUAAGCCUACCAUCGAGACCAUCUAUUAUGUCAAGACGCCUGUAGAGAAAACUCCUUAUGGACAUACGUCUACAACCGCGUACACCAGCUGGGGUGGUAAGAUAACCACUACUUAUGCAACCGAGAAGGUGACUUUCACUGGCGAAGACGGUAAGCCUACCAUCGAGACCAUCUAUUAUGUCAAGACGCCUGUAGAGAAAACUCCUUAUGGACAUACGUCUACAACCGCGUACACCAGCUGGGGUGGUAAGAUAACCACUACUUAUGCAACCGAGAAGGUGACUUUCACUGGCGAAGACGGUAAGCCUACCAUCGAGACCAUCUAUUAUGUCAAGACGCCUGUAGAGAAAACUACUUAUGGACAUACGUCUACAACCGCGUACACUAGCUGGACCGGUGAGUACUCCACCACUUUCGCUACCAAAGUUGUAACUAUCAUUGGCGGAGAUGGAAAACCAACCGUAAAAACCAUUUAUUCAGUUCAAACACCAGAAAGCGUCAAACCAUCAUUUAGUGGUUGGUUUAGUAACACUACUACAUCGCACACCAUUACGUCCUCCUCUACAUCAUCAGACUCAACCACAUCUGAUAUAACUUCAACAGAACCAAUCUUCUCCUUGACUACUGUCACUACAACAAGUAAUGGUGUUACCACCGUCUACACUACUACCUGUCCUAUUGAUACUACUCUCACUGAAAGUACGUCUUGCGAGUCUCUCACCUCCAAGUCGAAGACGGAGCAUGAAACCACUAGUUCCCAAAUCUCCUACAGCACAAACUCAAAAGAAGAAGAAGGAGAAGAAGACGUUUUCAAUAACGAAAGACCGACUUCUACUGAGUCAAAUGAGGAACUCAUCUCGAGCACUCAGAUAGUAUCGCUCUCUCAAACUGAAGUGACUCCUUCAAGCGAUAUUAUUAUCACGUCUUAUGCGUCAAGCGCAACUGAAACUGUCCAAGAACAACAUAGCUUUGAAGGAGAAACACAAACAUUAUCUAGUUCGUCAUCUACGGCUGAUACGAUAUCAGUAUUCGAGGGUAGUGCUGUAAAGCUACUUGUAACUCCUUUCAUUGCGGUAUUCUUAGCAUUAUUAUGA